CCCUACCAAUUUCAAAAUAGUAAUGGUGCGGUGUUGUUCUUAACCUAAUUUUUUGAGCAAUUAACAAAAAAUAUCAAUUUCGAUAUUUUACUUUCUCCUGGCUGGCUUAAGUGAUUAACUUUAACUGACGAGUACAUUACAGCUGGCAGCAAAUUAAUAAAUUCAAUAUGCCACCUAAGAAGCAUGAUGAACCGGAAAGGAAGCCGUUGAUCGGACGCAUUGGCACCAAUCUGCGCAUUGGCAUCGUUGGCGUACCCAAUGUGGGCAAGUCAACCUUUUUCAACGUUCUGACACAGAGCGCAGCGCCGGCUGAGAAUUUCCCCUUCUGCACCAUUAAGCCGAACGAGAGUCGCGUGCCCGUGCCUGACCAGCGUUUUGAGUUCCUCGUGGAAUACCACAAGCCUGCCAGCGUUGUGCCCGCCUAUCUCAAUGUGGUAGACAUUGCCGGAUUGGUUAAAGGCGCCGCAGAGGGACAGGGACUGGGAAACGACUUCCUUUCGCACAUUAGUGCUUGUGAUAGCAUUUUCCAUUUGUGUCGAGCCUUCGAGGAUCCGGAUGUGACGCAUGUGGAGGGUGAGGUCGAUCCUGUACGUGAUCUGGAAAUCAUUGCAGAGGAGCUGCGUCUCAAGGAUGAAGAGAAACUCUUGCAGUGCCUCGACAAGCUCGAAAAAGUUGUGGCUCGUGGAGGAGACAAGAAGUUGAAACCAGAGUACGACUCCAUGCUGAAAAUCAAGGAAAUAUUGGUGGAUCAGAAGCGUCAUUUGCGCUUUGAGGACUGGAAUGCUCAUGAUAUUGAGACGCUAAACAAGUAUUUGUUCUUGACAUCAAAACCGGCCAUUUACUUGGUAAAUCUGUCCGACAAAGAUUUUAUACGCAAGAAGAAUAAGUGGCUACCCAAGAUUAAGGAGUGGAUUGACAAGCACGAUCCAGGUUCACUACUUAUACCGUUCUCAGGCGCAUUUGAGCAGCAAUUAACCGAAAAGGACGAUUUGGAGCGUAAGGCCUACGAGGAUGAGACGAAAUGCAAGAGCCAGCUGGAAAAGAUUAUUGUUACUGGUUAUAAGGCCCUGCAGCUGGAAUAUUUCUUCACUGCAGGCCCCGACGAGGUUAAGGCAUGGACGGUACAAAAGGGCACAAAGGCACCCCAAGCUGCUGGACGGAUUCACACCGAUUUUGAGAAGGGUUUCAUCAUGGCCGAGGUGAUGCACUUUGAAGACUUCAAGGCCGAGGGAAGCGAGGUUGCCGCAAAGGCGGCUGGCAAAUACCGUCAGCAGGGACGUAACUACACUGUCGAGGAUGGCGAUAUAAUAUUCUUCAAGUUCAAUGCCGGUGCCGGUCUAAAGGAUGCCAAGAAGAAAUGAUGUCGUCUUUCCGCCUACAUCAUUAUGUGCAUUAUCUUGUACAUGAAUUUAAUUUUGUACUCGCAACUGUUUCGCUUCGCUUGAUAUUCUCUUCAAAAAAAAAGAAAUAAACUUCAAAAAGAAUAAAAAAAAAACAA